AAAUUUUUUAGAUUCUAUUAAUUUAUGUUUUUUUCUUCACUUUUUGGUUUUUUAGUUUCAAUACUUAAAAACAUCGACGUUUGAGCUUCGAACAGAAAAAACCUGAACGUAAAAAAGAACAAAACGACAAAAGAAAAAUAAAGAUACAAAUCUUUGGGAGCCUUCUUUUUUUCUUUUGUGCAUGGCGUUCCAAAUUGGGUCCAUAGCUACGAGUGAUUCAAUUCGUUUUCCUCUUCAGCUACAAGGAAUAAAGAUCUUAUGAUACAUUUUGAUCUGCCAUUAAAGAAAACGCUUCAAGUCAUCUUACUAGGCAGGGCAGAUGGAUGAAAAUAAUGCGGCAAAGUUAACCGGAAUCAGGCAAGUCGUAAGGCUUAAGGAGAUUUUGCAGAAAUGGCAAACCGUGACGAUCGGGCCCAAGUCCGAUGUCCCACCACUGGCAGCUGGAAAGCAAGCGGCAGCAAUGAUUUCACCGGCGAUCAACAAGAGGCUAUUAGCUGUCAAGAACUGUGACUCGGAUGAGGAAAACUGCCAAAGCCCUGAGCCUCCGGUUGAUGUUCCCAGAGGGUAUCUUGCGGUUUAUGUUGGACCGGAGCUAAGGAGGUUUAUCAUACCAACAAGCUACCUCGGCCACUCUUUGUUCAAGGUGUUGCUCGAAAAAGCAGAGGAAGAGUUUGGGUUUGAUCAGAGCGGUGCCCUCACCAUCCCUUGUGAGGUCGAGACUUUCAAGUUCUUGGUUAAAUGCAUGGAGAACAAUGCUAAAGAUGGUUCCGCUGGAGAUGCAGUAGCAGCAAUGGAAGAGUAAACACAAAUCUAAGUGAUAAAAACUGUUCAGAACAUUUCUUUUGUUAUAAUGAUUAUUGUUAUCAUUUGUUUUGUCUAUCAUAAACUGAUGGAAAUCGUAGGAAUGAUUAAUUACUUUGGGGUGUAAUUGUACUUUCCUGGUUUUCAUUUCCUUUCUAUUCUUUUUCCAGAGACUAUUUAAGUUUCUAGAGCAUACAGUAAAUUUUUUAUAAAUUAAUAAUGUCCA